AUGCGGAUGUUGCAGAUGUGCGCCAAUUUGAAACUCUAAAACAGAUCUUUAUCAGUGCUAGAUCCCGAUAUAAAUUACUUUCGUUUUAUAAAGGAAAUCCUAAAGUUUUCCGUAACAUGUCUGAGUGACAGCAUUUUGGAGCAUUAAAAUGAACUGCGAUAGUAACGAGAGGCGUUCAAGCCGAAGUAUAUAUUACGUAAAUUUUUUUGAAGAAGCGAAGAGAAGAUGGAUGGUUCUUGGAGUUCUGACGACAGUAGCCCUCGCUGUGCUCGCUCCGCAAGUCGGAGCUCCCGGAGGUCUUCUCCAUGCGGAAUACCUUUCCUAUUUGCCUCUCACAUACAUAUACUACAAGGCCGGUAAAUCACGUACGAGCAAGUCUCGUGUGCGUUUAUACACUCUGACGGUGUUACAUGCUAAUGUUGGAGCACUAGUAGUAUGUGUUGUUACCGUUAGUGCAAUGUCCACUACACUUGAUAGAAGAGUGAUUGAAGGGGCGAUAUUGGCAAGCACUGGUCGGCCGUGCGCGUGGCUACCAGUAUCCCUGCUAAGCUGUAACACCGUGCCUACACUAGCAGCAGUCAACUAUGCUGUGUCCCUCCUACUAUCUCCACUGACUCACUAUUUUCUUUGCGGCCAGAUCCCCAUACCGCCGCUCGGUGGCGUUGUGUUCACGUCUGUUGCGACACUGGCGCCGUUCGCUCUGGGACAUUACACGUCUAAACCUGAAAGCGAGUCGUGGUCUCGCAAGGCGUGCGGGCUGGCGGUGCUGUACGCGGAGUGCUGCGCGCUGCUGCGGGACGCGGAGGGCAGUCUGUACGUCACCGACGUCAUCGCCACGCUGCUGCUUGCGGUGUGGUGCGUGGUGGGCACGGCGGCGAGCGGCGCGCUGUACGCCCGCGGCGGGCUGCUGUCGGCGGCGGAGGCGCGCGCGCUGCUGCUCGUAGCCACGCCCAAGGCCACGCAUAUAGGGUGGUCGGACGUGUGCUUCCCUGCGGGUAUGUCGCGGCUGCCGGCGGUGUUCAUGGCGCCGGCGCAGGCGCUGCUGCUGGCCGCCGUCUUCACCACGGAGCGGACCGACCAGACGAAUAAGUCUGACCAGAGAAUACUGCCCAGGUAGGAUUCAAGAAGUCUGUAGAUUUUGCUCCAUACUAAACAGCUGCUAUAUUGUGAACUUCGACUAGUGGAU